AUGGCGGCGUUCAUGAGGGUUGUUGAUGAGCAAGUGCGACGGGAUUUGAGGCGGCAGCGCAUUUUUAGGGACAGACAGAAUCCCCUUGACGCCUACGACGACCUUGAAAUCAUUCAGCGAUAUCGGUUAGACAGGCAAUCCAUCAUCUCGAUCAUCGAUUUGAUUAAAGACCGCUUAGAAAGGCCCACCCAGCGAUCGGUCAGCCUUCCUGUAUCUCUACAAGUCUUCGCAACUUUGCGCUUCCUUGGUUCUGGCACCCAGCAGAGACUGAUUGGGGACACGCUAGGAAUUUCUAAGUCCUCCGUUUGCAGGCAGAAGGGUGCACAUAUAUUCACUAUAAAAUUCUGUAAUAGUUCUUCAGUGCGAUGUAAAAUUUUGUUCAGGUCCAUCGAAGAUGUAUCAAAUGCCUUGAGUGCAUCACUGCAAAACAUCAAGUUUCCAACCAGUGACAUUGACGUUACCAGGACGAAGGUGGGUUUCCACUCCAUCGCCGGAUUUCCCAAUGUGCUAGGAGCCAUCGACGGGACCCACAUCGCAAUAACUGCACCUUCUACCGACGAGCACCUUUACAUAUGUCGGAAGGGCUAUCAUUCAAUCAAUGUCCAGGCAAUAGUUGAUGCUGACAUGAAAUUUCUGAGCAUUGUCAGUAAAUGGCCAGGCUCCACACAUGAUGCUUUUGUCUGGGCCAAUUCCUCCAUAGCCCGACGUUUCGAGAGUGGUCAGGUUGAUGGGUGGCUUCUGGGCGAUUCCGGUUAUCCUCUUCGACCGUGGCUUUUAACACCAGUCAAUCGUCCAAGUUGCCGGGGAGAAGAUCGAUAUAACCGGUCACACAGAAGAUCAAGGGUUGUCGUGGAGCAAGCCUUUGGCGUUUUAAAAUCCCGCUUCAGAUGUCUGCAUAAAACAGGAGGGGUUUUGGAUCAUCAACCUACAAAGUGUUGCAAGAUUAUCUUUGUCUGUUGCCAGCUACACAAUAUCUGUAUCGACAAGCAUCUUCCAGUUAGUGAUAUUCCAGAAGAACUGCCCGAAGACGAAAAUGAUGUUGUGUACCAGGGUCCGGCCAAUGACGGUAAAUCAACCAGAGACCAACUAAUCAGGCAACGGUUCUCUUAGAUGCUCUCCGUGACUUGGAGACUUGGGCGGAGUAGGGGUGACAGCAGGACUAUCAGGCAAAGCAUGGGAUGGGCCAGGAGAUUGUGAAGGCACAUGGCUGGGAACAACAGCUCGCUCGGACUCGGAAGUCAU